ACUACAUUUCCCAGACACCCUGGAUGGUAUAGGGCUGACCCUUCACUCGCCUGCGGGACCCUAGGCCUCCGGGGAAGGGGAAGUGCAAGCUCUGCUUUUCUCAGAGAGGUCCCCAGAGGAGAAGGAGGAAUGGCUGUUGACCAAGCCAAAUACAAGGUAUUCUCAACUCCAUAUGGUAAGAGUAUGUUUGAUUUUGUAAGAAGCUGCCAAACUGUCUUCCAAAGUGGCUGUACCAUUUUGCAUUCUCACCAGCAAUGAAUGAGAGUUCCUGUUGCUCCACAUCCUGGCCAGCAUUUGGUGUUAUCAGUGUUCUGGAUUUUGGCCAUUCUAAUUGGCCUGCCUUCUCAGAACACUAUCCUUUUCCAGGAGGACAGCCCCAAGGAGGAGUGAUCAUCUCCUGUAAUACUGAAAGCCAUGGCCCAGGGAUCAGUGAUGUUCAGUGAUGUGUCUAUAGACUUCUCUCAAGAGGAGUGGGAAUUCCUGGACCCUGCUCAGAGGGACUUAUACAGAGAUGUGAUGUUGGAGAACUAUAGCAAUCUGGUGUCAGUGGGACUUUACAUUCCUAAGCCUCAAGUUAUCUCCUUAUUGGAACAGGGGAAAGAGCCCUGGAUGAUUGGCAGAGAGCUGACAAGAGGCCUGUGUUCAGAUCUGGAAUCAAUGUGUGAAACCAAGUUAUUAUCGCUAAAGAAGGAAGUUUAUGAAAUAGAAUCAUGCCAGAGGGAGAUGAUGGGAGUUACAAAGCAUGGCCUUGAAUACUCCAGUUUUAGAGAUGUUUUGGAAUAUAGAAACCACUUUGAAAAACAAGUGGGAUAUAAAAAUGGGCAUUUCAGCCAAGAAAUAUUCACUCGUGAAUACAUGCCCACAUCUAUUCAACAGACAUUCUUUACUCUACAUCACAUAAUUAACAGUGAAGAGAAACCAUAUGAAUGUAAGAAAUGUGGAAAGAUCUUUAGUCAGAAUUCACAAUUUCUUCAACAUCAGAGAAUUCAUAUUGGCGAAAAAUCUUAUGAAUGUAAGGAGUGUGGGAAAUUCUUUAGUUGUGGCUCACAUGUUACUCGACAUCUGAAAAUUCAUACUGGUGAAAAACCCUUUGAAUGUAAAGAAUGUGGAAAGGCCUUCAGCUGUAGCUCAUACCUUUCUCAACAUCAGAGAAUUCAUACCGGUAAGAAACCCUAUGAAUGUAAGGAAUGCGGGAAGGCCUUUAGUUAUUGCUCAAAUCUUAUCGACCAUCAGAGAAUUCACACUGGUGAAAAACCGUAUGAAUGUAAAGUAUGUGGGAAAGCCUUUACUAAGAGCUCACAACUUUUUCAACAUGUGAGAAUUCAUACAGGUGAGAAACCCUAUGAAUGUAAGGAAUGUGGCAAAGCUUUUACUCAGAGCUCAAAGCUUGUACAGCAUCAGAGAAUUCAUACAGGUGAGAAACCCUAUGAGUGCAAAGAAUGUGGCAAAGCCUUUAGUAGUGGCUCAGCACUUACUAAUCAUCAGAGAAUUCACACUGGGGAGAAACCCUAUGAUUGUAAGGAAUGUGGGAAGGCUUUUACUCAGAGCUCACAACUUCGUCAGCAUCAGAGAAUUCAUGCUGGUGAGAAACCUUUUGAAUGUCUUGAAUGUGGGAAGGCCUUUACUCAGAACUCACAGCUUUUUCAACAUCAGAGAAUUCAUACAGAUGAAAAACCAUAUGAAUGUAAUGAAUGUGGAAAGGCCUUUAAUAAAUGCUCAAACCUUACUCGACACCUCAGAAUUCAUACUGGUGAAAAGCCCUAUAACUGUAAGGAAUGUGGAAAGGCAUUUAGUAGUGGCUCAGAUCUCAUUCGUCAUCAGGGCAUUCAUACUGAUGAAUAAUAAAAACUAAAGCUCUUGUCACCUUCCUGAUAUUUUAAACAACAACAAAUAUUCAUGUGUGAUAGUUACCCUCUUUCACUAUUUUUCGUUUCUUAAUUUUAUUUUCUAUUUCUUUUUAAUCCAAAUAUAUUUUACUCUAAGUUAUGAAUUUGGAUUCUAAAUUGACAUUUGCCUGUCCCUCCCCCUUACUUCCCCCACCCCAUCUUGUACUAAUGGCAGUUCAACAAUUUUUUCCUUUCCUAUUAUUUUGUUCUACCUUCUUGGAGAUAGAUUAUAUUACUGUUUAUAUUUGCUUGAGUCUCAAGGCUAUGCUUUCUUCUCUGAUAUAUAUAUUUGUGCUUAUACCAACAUCACACUGUUUAAAUUGUGUG